GGGAAAUGUGCCCCAUAUUAAGACCGACUGAUACACUUCUGAUGGAUCUGUUGUGCAGUCUGUUUACAUUGACAUGACGCCUUGAGCUACCUUGGUUGUCUCUGAACAGAAACCUGUGCAGUAAAAGCUAUGCUUAUCUUUUGUGAGCUUAUAUUUUUCACUCUGCUGCCAGUUGCAAUGGAGAUUGGAAAUGCCCGUCACACCAAGGAACAGCACCAGCAGCACACAGCUCAGGCAGUCGAGCGAGAAAGUCGACCAGAAAGCAAGAGAUCAGAUUCAACCAAAAGUCACUUAACGAAAUCUGAGCAACUCCUACGAAUAGACGAUCAUGAUUUUGCAAUGAGACCCGGAUUUGGAGGACCAGCAGUAAGAGUUGGUAUAGAUGUCCAGAUUGAAAGCAUUGACAGCAUUUCUGAAGUUGAUAUGGACUUUACAAUGACUUUAUACCUGAGACAUUACUGGAAAGAUAGCAGACUUGCUUUUCCGAGUUCCAACAACAAAAGUAUGACAUUUGAUGGAAGAUUAGUCAAGAAAAUUUGGGUUCCAGAUGUAUUUUUUGUUCAUUCUAAGAGAUCUUUCAUACAUGACACCACCAUGGAGAAUAUCAUGCUCAGGGUAUAUCCAGAUGGCCACAUACUCUACAGUCUAAGGACAACUGUCACUGCCACGUGUUCAAUGGAUUUUAGCAACUUUCCUCUUGAUAUUCAGAACUGCUCACUUGAGCUUGAAAGCUAUGCCUACAAUGAAAAAGAUCUACUGCUUCACUGGAAGAAUGAAAACGAACCACUUAAAACAGAUGAGCAGAUUUUACUUGCUCAGUUUUUCAUUGAAGAAUUCCGUGCUUCGAGUGGACUUGCUUUUUAUAGCAGUACUGGUUGGUACAACAGAUUGUUUAUUACUUUCAUCCUAAGGAGGCACAUAUUCUUUUUUCUUUUACAAACCUACUUUCCAACCAUGCUAAUGGUCAUGCUAUCUUGGGUUUCCUUCUGGAUUGACAGAAGAGCAGUCCCAGCUCGUGUUUCAUUAGGAAUUACAAUUAUUCUGACAAUGUCGACAAUUAUAACUGGAGUGAAUGCUUCGAUGCCUCGAGUAUCCUAUGUUAAAGCUGUGGAUAUCUAUCUCUGGGUCAGCUUUCUUUUUGUUUUCCUUUCUAUAAUUGAAUAUGCAGCUGUAAAUUAUAUAACCACCGUUGAAGAAAGGAUGAAAAUGAAACAGAGAGAGAAGGUCAACUAUCACUGCAACAAGAUCUCUCUUCAGGGGUUCCUUCAUGCAUUAUCCUGGGCCCAGUCAUUGAUUGCUGCUUCAAAAAAACAUCUUAAGGACAGAAGAGAGAAUGUUCACAGUGUUAAAAUCACCAUACAAAUGAAGGCACUAAGAAAUGCAGCACCAUGUCUAAGCCAAUGCAAAACUGGACAUUAAAAUCCCAGAGCUAGAUUUGGUGCAUUUUGGCAAGUGGUAGCCUUGAAUUUGUUAGCAUUCAUUAGGAUAUGUGGCAGCAGUUCCGUGAGUAAAUGCCAACAAAAUCUAGACCUUUAUGUUUAAUCAAUCUAUUAGAGUUGGCCCUAAUUAUCUGUCGCCAUUUAAACAAUCCCUUUGAGAUCUGAUCAACAAUAUACAGAAAUAUGGUUCUACCAACAUC